UCUCUCUCUCUCGUCUCUGCAUUUCUGUCCUCUUCAUAUCACUUGGAAUGUGGCACUCUUUGGCUUUGACUCUGUUUGGAAUCUCUGCUUUGGUCCAGGUAUCCGUGCAGGGCCCUUACCAGAGGGCUCUGUUGAAAAGCCUGCUCAAGGAUUACAACCCGAUGGAACGGCCAGUGGCCAAUGACUCCCAGCCCCUCACAGUCGUCCUCUCACUCAGUUUGGUACAGAUCAUGGAUGUGGAUGAGAAGAAUCAGGUUCUCACCACCAACAUUUGGCUCAACAUGCGAUGGUAUGAUCAUUAUCUACAGUGGAACCAGUCAGAAUAUCCAGGAGUGAAAAACCUUAGAUUUACCACUGACCAAAUUUGGACACCAGACAUCCUUCUAUACAACAGUGCCGAUGAUGAGUUUGACUCGACCUUUAAGACCAACGUGCUGGUGAACUCCAGUGGCUACUGCAAUUACCUGCCUCCAGGUAUCUUCAUGAGCACCUGUAAUGUGGAUGUUCGCUGGUUCCCCUUCGACAUCCAGAAGUGUGAGCUGAAGUUUGGCUCGUGGACCUUCGAUGGCUGGUUGCUGGACCUCCAGAUGAGUGAGGCGGAUAUCUCAGGCUACAUGCCCAAUGGCGAGUGGGACCUUGUGGGAAUGCCUGGCACCCGGAAUGAGCUCUUCUAUGACUGCUGUAAGGAGCCAUACCCAGAUGUGACGUUUGUGGUGACCAUCCGCAGGCGGACGCUCUAUUAUGCCCUGAACCUACUCAUUCCUUGCGUGCUUCUCUCCUCCAUGACACUGCUCAUCUUUCUGCUGCCCGCUGACUCUGGAGAGAAGAUCUCACUCGGUAUUACUGUUCUUCUCUCUCUCACAGUCUUCAUGUUACUGGUAGCAGAAAUUAUGCCUGCCACCUCUGACUCCAUUCCACUCAUAGGGCAGUACUUUGCUAGUAUAAUGAUCAUUGUUGGAAUGUCAGUAAUAGCAACUGUGGUUGUGCUACAAUAUCAUCAUCAUGACCCAAAUGGAGGAAAUAUGCCCAAAUGGGUGCAGCUGGUGCUGCUCCAGUGGGUGGCCUGGUUCCUACGCAUGAAGCGCCCAGGUGAGGGCAAGGUGCCCAAACGGCCGCCAUGCGCCCCACAUCUCCGCCGCUGCUCCUCAGACUCUCAGAGUGGCAGCCUGCCCAAUGCGGCUGGCUCUGCCUCGGCCGACAUCCACCAUACCCACCACCAUCAUAACACUCCCCACCACUCCCACACCCACCCACCCACCACCCUGCACCCGCUCCAUCCCCAGAGCCUGCUACAAGCAGCCGCAGCCGCAGCUGCUGGUGGUAGCCACCCCAACCACUUGCACUCACAUGGCGGUGUUGGCAGCAACAAUGGUAACCUGCUCUACAUCGGCUUCUCCAGCCUGGAUGAGGCAUCGCCGCUGGGCCUGCUAGGUGAGCCCAUACCCAGGAACAGCAUGUCGGGUGGCUCACGGGCUGCUGCCGUCCCGCUCCCUGUCUCCAUCCCUGCCUCCUUGCCACCAGCCCCACCAUCUAGCCCACCCCCACACCUGCCCUCGCAAUUCUGCAGCCCACCACCCCCCCCCACGCCCAACCUGGAAGCCACAGGAUGCCCCAGCACAGUGUCGGGUGGCGGAGGCGCCUGCUCAUGCUCUGCAGGCAGUGGCAGUGGUGGCGACGCCCAGCUGCAGGCCAUCCUGGAUGAAGUGCGCUACCUGGCUGACCGUUUCCGCGCACAGGAUGAGAAUGACAGCGUAGCAGAGCAAUGGAAGUUUGCGGCAGCUGUCAUCGACCGCCUCUGCCUGGUGGCCUUCAGUGUCUUCAACAUCAUCUGCACAAUCUCCAUCCUCAUGUCAGCGCCCAACUUCGUUGAGGCUGUUUCCAAGGACUUCAUCUGACAAGUCGUUGUCAAGCACAAUGAGGGGAUGCACAAUGACGUCAGAAGGCCAUGCUGUAACUGGGGAGAUCUUCCACUAUCUCAAGCUGUUUCUCAGUGACCUUCCUGUCAGAGAGAGAAGCAGGUGUUUAAUGUUUGAAUGUUGAAUGGACCGUACUUUAUAGCUUGGGGAAACAAUGUUAUGCGGGUGAAAAUUGAUGUAUCAAACCCUCUUAGUUAUGCCAAACUGUGAUGACCUUCAGUGUGUCGCAAUGGAACCUUCACUGGUUGCUGGUGGAUUCUCCGUGGUCAAGUAUUCUGCAUCCAGGUUAGGCAUCAGGGUGAAAAAAUGAAAAGACACAAGAGAUGAAAUGGAUAAAAACUGCAGCUUUGGAAACAGUAUCCUGCUGAGCAUGAUUCCACACAGAAAGGAAGGCAGUAGCCUUGUUUAACAGGUAAAACUAUUGUUUAAAUAGUGCAAGAUCUUUUUUACAUCCAAGUAUAUUUUGGGAAUGCAUGUGCUCUGACUGGGAAACACAGUUGGUUAGAGGGAUCAACAAAAGAGAACGUGAAAGGAGAGAAGGUGCUUCACACAUAGUCGACAAAUGGUGUGGGUGGUAUUGACUCUCCAAGGAUUGACAGCAAACAGAAGAAAGUGGGUGGAUGGCAACUGUUCCUGCUGCAGCUUGAGUGAAGGAGUGUUGGAAUAUAGAUGGAUGCAGACAUGGUGUAAGGAAGACAGAACUUCCUCAGAUGUGCCUGAGACAGGUAUGGAGAUUGGAGGAAGUAUGGCAUCAUGGAGGAAAGAAGACAGAGGCAAGAGCAAGGAAAGAAAGAAUGAGUCAAGGAAAAAGAAAAGAAGAAAAAGAAAAGAG